AUGACAGAUCCGUACUCCAUCUCUAGUCUGAUCUCUGUGCUCUUAGGACUCGGCUUGGCAAUACCUUUUAACACUUGUAUUGUGAUUGUUCACCUGAAAGUCAUCAGAAAGAAAGGGAAGUUGAGUCCCUCCGAUGUGAUCUUCAUGGCUAAGGGAAUGGUGAAUGUUCUCCUCCAGGGUUUUAUGACUGUACAGGGAAUGCUCUUUGUCUUUUCUCGGGAAGUUGUAUACACUAGAGAUGUAUAUUCGUUUCUGAGUGCACCAGUUUACUCUCUGACAUAUUUCAGCUUCUGGAUGACCUUCUGGCUUUCUGCUCACUACUGUACCAACAUCACCCACCUCAGCUAUGGGUUCUUCAUCUGGUUAAAGGGAAUUGUGUCCAAUUUCCUGAGUCAAAUCCUGUUCCUGACAGCUCUUGCGAUGUUCAUUGUGAAUGCCCCGUGUUCCUUUUAUUUGCAGGAAGAAAGUGGUCUCCAGUCUUCCGAGAACAUUACAAAAGCUCCUAUUAAAACUCUCCGUGUCAUCUUUCCCUGUCUAGUGCCUGUGACCUUCCUAGGCUGCUUUCUGCCAUUCUGCCUUAGUCUUCUGUGUCUUCUUCUCACCUUCUCCUUCCUGGUCAGACACGUCUGGAGGGUGAAGAAUAAUGACUCCGGAUCCUCACGGCCAAAUCUUCAGGCUCACGUCACUGCGCUGAGGACAAUCUUCUUCUUACUCCUCAUUUUCGUUUUAUUCUGCAUAUCUCAAGCACUUAGGUUUAUUAGCAAAUCCGGACAGUUAGGAUACUCGAUAUCUAUGGUGGGUUGGAAUUUACGUAUAUUAUCUCCAUCGCUUGAGACUGCUGUCAUCUUCCAGGCCAGCAACAAGCUGAAAAGCAUCAUUCUGAGAAGAUUCUGGACCAGAAGAUGGAGGAACACAGAGACCUAA